GGCUGAGCGCUGCGGGUUUCCCCGGCCGGGGCCGCGGGGCUCCGCACGCACGCGGGGUUCGCCCCGCGGAUCGGAGCUGCGUGCCGCGCUGCGGUGCUCGCCGCCGUAGGGAGAUUUCCUCGUGCGUUCACCCCUUUUUUUUUAUUUUUUUUCUUUUUCCCUUUGGAGCCUUUUUGCCGUGCUAGCAGAGCUUUGCAGGAGGGGUGUGGAAGUGGCGCUUUUCUGCCCUAACAGAUAAGGGAAACUGAGGCUGGGGCGUGCUGCGGCUCGCCUGGCAUCACCCGGGAGCAGCGGCCGUGAGCACAGAGCCCCGUCCUGCGUUGUAACCCCCCUGAAUUCCCAAUAAAGUGAACCGUUGCGCUCUGUCUCUGUAUCACCUCUCUUUUUAGAGGCUCCGUGCAGCCCGGGGCUCGGCUCUGCGGGACGCGGUUUGAUGGGGAAGGCGAUGCAUUGCAGCCCCUUUAAUGCAGGAUCCCGUAACCCGGAGCUGCAGCCCUUCGAUCCCAUCCCCUUGUCUUGAAGGUUUCCCGUUUGAGCGCCGUUUCUCUGGGCUUUGCUGGGGAGUUUGCUUUGUUUGGCCGCCGUCGCCCGUUUUUAUUGCAGCUGCACAUGUGUGGUUUUGUUUUCCUUCUUAAAGCAAAACAAAAGGAGAUGGAAGGUUUGAUAAAUCCGCCCUGAACCCGUUGCGAAGCGCAUCGUUACACGCGUGGGGAUGGUUUGGGUGCUGGGAUAGGGAAUGUUUGCAUUGAAAUGUUGCCCCUGAGCUGUGCUGAAGUUACAGGUGGAGGAGUGGAGUUGGAGCAGAGCUCACCUGACGGUUUCUGCGGGAUGGUGCUUCUGUUAGAAUGACUUCUUUGAUGGUUUUUUUUGCACGUAAAGAAUGAUUGAACGGUCCCUGAAACGCAGCAGGGCUGAGCAGGGAGUGGCAGCUGCCAAACUCUGCCCAACUCCUGCCCAAAGCUUGGGGGCAGAGCGCUGCCAGAGCCCGUUGGAACUGCAGGUUGAGUUACUGCAGACACACAACAUCGCUUCCUGGGGCUGCAGUGCUGCUGGAUCGGUCUGAUCCGACGACUUGGUUGUGUGUGAGGUCUUAGGAUGGGAAGAGAUGAAGUGCUGGGGAGUGGAAAUGAGCCCAGCGGGGAGGGAGUGCAGCGUGGCUGCCGUGCGGUGCCCCCGAAUUGUGGCUCUGCACAGCUCAGAGGUUGCACAGUGUGGUGAACCAGGAGCUCUGUAAGCACAGAACUCUCCUUAAGUUGCCGUGAGGUGUCAGUAGCCCCAGAAGGUGAACUUUACAGCUGCUGAGGGUCUCUUUUUGUGGGCAGCCCCCCAGCAGGGCGCUGCCAUCCCCUGCUCUGGCUGUUGGUGUUGGAAUCUUCCCCACGUCAGGCUGCUGAUCCUCGCUGAGGUUCUUCCAUGGCCUGAGCUCCAGCACUUCCACAACCGCCUUCCUCGCUGUUGUCCCACGUUGGCAUCGAGUUCUUUCCAUUUGUUGGUAGCUUUUAAACCUAGAAUACUUGAGAGGAGAAAACCUAACCAAGAUCUGCAGGGUAGUUGGAAUAAGGAAAAAGAAGCAGUUGUUUCUACGUGGGUGAUGUAUUAAAGAGAGAAUAUCCCACAGCACACCUGUAACUGAAGGGCGCUGCUCCCCUGUGCUCUGAAGGCACACAAGAAGAGCAGUUGGGAGCUUUUGGAGGCUCUGGGAUGUCCCAGUCUGCUGCUGUAGGGCUUUGUGAAGCAUCGUGUGCUCUGUGGGGUGGUUCUGUGCCAGGUCAGCCCUUCCUGGGGGGGUAUUUCCCUCCGGGAUGCAGUGUGGGGUGGUGGACGUGGGUCUGUGCUGGUGUUUCUCACUCCGUGUCGGUGCCGCAGUGCGUUUCCAGUUUCUAACAGCCUGUUCUCUCUUCUCCCCCCUGCCCCACCGCAGACUUCUACCUUGUAAAUACUGUUAUUUGUAUAUACUGUAAAUGAUGACAUCGGUGGGCACUAACCGAGCCCGGGGGAGCUGGGAGCAGACACAGACACAGAGCCAGACACAGCACAAGCAGCGGCCGCAGGCCACUGCGGAACAGAUUCGACUUGCACAGAUGAUUUCGGACCACAACGACGCUGACUUUGAGGAGAAGGUGAAACAACUGAUUGACAUCACAGGGAAGAACCAGGAUGAGUGUGUGAUUGCUCUGCACGACUGCAAUGGGGAUGUUAACAGAGCCAUCAAUGUGCUGCUGGAGGGCAAUCCGGACACGCAUUCCUGGGAGAUGGUCGGGAAGAAGAAAGGCGUCUCGGGACAGAAGGACAGCGGACAGACAGAACCCAGUGAGGAGAGCAAAGAGAACCGGGAGAGAGAUCGGGAUUUCAGCAGGCGACGUGGAGGGCCGCCGCGGCGGGGCCGGGGUGCCAGCCGUGGCAGAGAGUUUCGGGGCCAGGAGAACGGGCUGGAUGGUGGGAAGAGUGGAGGCUCUUCUGGAAGAGGCACAGAGAGAGGGAGACGGGGACGUGGCCGGGGCCGAGGUGGCUCUGGAAGGCGGGGGGGAAGAUUCUCUGCCCAAGGCAUGGGAACUUUCAACCCAGCUGACUACGCUGAGCCAACCAGCACGGAUGAGAGCUAUGGGAAUAGCAACACCAACACGUGGAACAACACGGGCAGCUUCGAGCCGGACGACGGCACGAGACUUGAUUUCAUUGGGGGUGAGGGCUCAAAUUAUCCCCGAAAAUUUGACACUGCUCCUGGUACGAUACAUCCAGGUGCAUGGAGGGCUGCGACGGAGGAGUGGGGCACGGAGGACUGGAAUGAAGAUCUGUCUGAGACAAAGAUCUUCACUGCAUCCAACGUGUCUUCAGUGCCUCUGCCUACGGAGAACGUGACAAUCACAGCUGGACAGAGAAUCGACCUUGCAGUGCUGCUAGGAAAGACACCCUCUUCUAUGGAGAAUGAGUCAACAAACCUGGAGUCCUCCCAGGCCCCCUCCUUGGCGCAGCCUCUGGUGUUCAGCAAUUCCAAGCAGAGUACGAUGUCCCAGCCGCCCUCUGGGAACUCCUUCUCUCACCACAGCAUGGUGAGCAUGCUGGGGAAAGGGUUUGGAGACGUCGGGGAGGCCAAAGGCAGCAGCACCACGGGCUCGCAGUUCCUGGAGCAGUUCAAGACGGCCCAGGCUCUGGCCCAGCUGGCAGCUCAGCACAGCCAGCCAGGCAGCAGCACUGCUGCCUCCUCCUGGGACAUGGGAUCGGCCACACAGACCUCAUCCCUCGUGCAGUACGAUCUCAAGAACCCAACAGACUCCUCUGUGCACAGUCCCUUUGCCAAGAGGCAGGCCUUCACGUCCACUUCCACGAUGAUAGAGGUGUUCAUGCAGGAGAAGCAGCCUGUGGUGACAGCCUCCACCACCGUGCCGGCGCCGCCGUCUUCGCCGCUGCCCAGCAAAGCCAACCCCGUUCCCCAAAUGUCCCCGGGCUCCUCAGACAACCAGUCCUCCAGUCCCCAGCCUGCACAGCAGAAGCUGAAACAGCAAAAGAAAAAAGCAUCGUUAACAUCAAAGAUUCCUGCACUGGCGGUGGAGAUGCCUGGCUCAGCAGAUAUCUCAGGGUUAAACCUGCAGUUUGGGGCAUUACAGUUUGGUUCAGAGCCUGUUCUCGCUGAGUACGAAUCGACGCCCACGACGAGCGCUGCUGUCAGCCAACCUCAGAGCAGCCUGUACACCAGCACUGCUAGUGAAUCUUCAUCCACAAUUUCGUCCAAUCAAAGCCAGGAGUCUGGUUACCAGAGCGGCACAAUACAGACAGCAACAUUUACCUCCCAGAACAGCGCUCAGGGACCACUGUAUGAACAGAGAUCCACCCAGACGAGGCGAUACCCAAAUUCCAUCUCCUCCUCGCCCCAGAAGGACCUCACCCAGGCCAAGAAUGGUUUCAGUUCCGUACAACCCACGCCAUUACAAAGCACGCAGGCUGUUGAAGGUGCUACCGGCCCCGCAGUGAAGUCUGAUUCCCCCUCUGCUCCCAGCAUGACGCCUCUCAAUGACGGCGUGUCUGCGGCGUCGCUGCUGAGCACAGCCAGCCAGCAUUCGACAGCUCUGAGCAGCCUGAGCCACAGCGAGGAGCUGCCCAGCACCACGGCCGCCCAGCUCAGCAGUACGUUACCCACCCAGCAGAACAGUCUGUCCUCAUCCACAUCCUCUGGGCGAACAUCAACUUCAACUCUUCUGCACACAAGUGUGGAGAGUGAAGCCAGCCUCCAUUCUUCUGCUAGCACUUUCUCCACCUCCUCCAGCACGGUGUCGGCUGCCCCGCCAGUCGUAAGCGUUUCAUCCAGCCUCAGCAGUGUCAGCAGCCUGGGCCUCAGCCUCAGCAGCAACUCCACGGUGACAGCCUCCACUCGCAGCUCCGUGGCGACGACAUCAGGAAAAGCCCCUCCCAACCUCCCCCCUGGAGUCCCACCAUUGUUGCCUAACCCGUACAUCAUGGCUCCAGGAUUGCUACAUGCCUACCCGGUGUAUGGAUAUGAUGACCUGCAAAUGCUCCAGACGAGAUUCCCAUUGGAUUAUUACAGCAUCCCAUUCCCUACGCCCACCACCCCACUGACUGGAAGAGAUGGCAGCCUGAGCAGCAAUCCGUACUCUGGUGACUUAACAAAAUUCGGCCGAGGCGACGCCUCCUCCCCUGCUCCUGCAACGACUUUGGCACAGCCUCAGCAGAGCCAGACCCAAACCCACCACACCACGCAGCAGACGUUCCUGAACCCAGCGCUGCCUCCUGGCUACAGUUACACCAGUCUGCCGUACUACACAGGGGUACCAGGGCUCCCCAGCACCUUCCAGUACGGGCCCGCCGUGUUCCCUGUUGCUCCUACCUCUUCCAAGCAGCAUGGUGUGAAUGUCAGCGUCAACGCAUCAGCAACCCCUUUCCAGCAGCCCAGUGGCUAUGGCUCUCAUGGAUACAGCGCUGGUGUAUCUGUGACAUCCAGUAACACAGGCGUGCCGGACAUCUCGGGCUCUGUCUACUCCAAAACUCAGCAAUCCUUCGAGAAGCAGGGAUUUCACACUGGAACCCCGGCAGCCUCCUUCAACCUGCCUUCAGCGCUGGGCAGCGGCGGCCCCAUCAACCCCGCAACGGCAGCCGCGUACCCCCCGACCCCCUUCAUGCACAUCCUCACCCCGCAUCAGCAGCCCCAUUCGCAGAUCCUCCACCACCACCUGCAGCAGGACGGGCAGCUUCCAUAUUUGCAGAUGAUACUGUGCUGCCAACGCCAGCAGGAAGAUCAGAGCGGCUCCGGGCAGCGCAGCCAAGGCAGCUCCAUCCCCCAGAAAUCCCAGGCCAACAAGUCUGCCUACAACAGCUACAGCUGGGGCACCAACUGAGCAGGGCGGCCCCGACCCAUCGAUUGCUUACGACAAGAAACCCCACGAAGCGACGCCGACCGAUGUGGGAGGAGGAGGAGGAGAAGAAGAAACCCCCAGGGGCAGCGCCGGCCCCGGCAGGGCAGGGCGGGCGGCUCCGCGUUGUCUGUUUUCAGCCACCUUUCCUGUUGUAUGUAAUAUAGAAUUUGUAUUUUUUCUUUUAUUUUUUUUUUUCUCUCCCCUCCCCUUCUUCUCUCUUUCUCUCUCUGCAUUCAGACUCUGACCCGUUUGCCGUAGGGGCCUUUUUUGGUUUGUACUCCUUCCCCCCCCUCCCCUCCUUCCCCCCAUCCCCCCCUCCUCCCGCUGCCCCUCGGACCCAAAGGAGUGGAAGCUGCGCGCCGCCUACAGCAAACCCCUUAUAUUAGGAAUAAGAGCAGUAAUUGAUAUGAACAGCAUUGUAAGAUGAAUUAGUUGAAGUGUUUUUUUUGUACCGUGUUCUAAAUUUAAUGGAUAAAUGUGUCUUGUAUAUAAAAACAAAAACCCCAACGCCGGCCCCGAGU